GUUAGUGCCUAAUUGUGAUAACUACCGGAGCGUGCAGUGCAAACUGAAACCCAAACUCCUCACAGAUCCUGUUCAAAAUCCCAAGAAACCCAUCCAAAUAACCAUGCAGUCCUCAAGCAUUUGCUUCCUGGCCGCCCUCGCCUUCGUCCUGGUUUCCUCGAUCUGUGCCGCUCCUCUGGAUGACUCGCAGCAUGCCACCAUCCUGCGCUACGACAACGACAACAUCGGCACCGAUGGCUACAACUUUGGUUACGAAACCAGUGAUGGAGUCACCCGUCAGGAGCAGGCUGAGGUGAAGAACGCCGGCACCGACCAGGAGGCCCUCAGUGUCCGCGGAUCCGUCAGCUGGGUGGCUCCCGAUGGACAGACCUACACCCUGCACUACAUCGCCGAUGAGAACGGCUUCCAGCCUCAGGGAGACCAUCUGCCCCACAACUAAGCGAAGGCACUUUCUGUAGCCAGCACUAAUCAGUAUUUGUUCAUUUUGUAAAAUAAAUCUAGUAACAACAUUUUUUAAUUUCAAUCAUAUUAA